GGACAGCUAAGGUUGUAUUUAACGAGAUAGAUAGAUAUAUAACGAGUUUUUCUUUCUCUUUCUUAAGUUUUUCACAUAUAUACCCAAGUAUAUAUUAUAUAUAUUCAAAGUUUUUGUAUUAUUAAUUUUACUUAUCUUCCGUUUGGAUCCGUUUUAAUUCAGAGCUUUGUUUUUGACACAGGAUCGUUGUACCAGUAACAGGAACAAGUCAACAACAAGAUGGCGGCGUUCGUAGCAAAACAAAUGGUUGGAAAUAAAUUAAAUGCUGUGAAAGGAGCCGUUGGUGGUGAUGGUGGUGAUGGUGAUGAUGAUAAGGAAAAGGAAGAAGAGGCCGAACGGGAACGGCAGGAAGCUAUCCGGGAAGCUGAAGAACGACGAAAGGAAAAACAUAGAAAAAUGGAAGAGGAACGUGAAAAAAUGCGACAAGAGAUUCGUGAUAAGUACAACAUAAAAAAGAAAGAAGAAAUUGUGGAACAAUUACCACCAGAGCCUGAUAAUCCAUUGAUGCGUAAGAAAAAAACACCAGAAGAAUUAGCCAGGGAAGCUGAAAUGGAAGAGGAGGAUGAUUUUACCAAAUUAAAAAACACUGUAGAAACUCAAAUUAGUGAAUUAAAAACUCAAAUCGAAGCUAGAUGUGUAAUGCAAUGAGUGAUCGACAUCGCGUUCGCAGCUGUCUCCAAACAUCAUCAUUGUUAUUAUUAUCAUAUAAUUACCGUAAUUGUAUGGCCCGACAUCAACAUCUUCUUCACUUGGAUCUACAAAAACCAUCUACAUUUAUACCCAGUUCAUCAUCUACGUUAUACUCAAAAGAGCGGUGUUCAUCACUAUAUCAACCAUGGCGGUAGCAACAGAUAAUACGCGUCAUCAUCAACCAGCAAAUAUUUUUAGACAUAAAGAAAACAAAAAAUGCAAUAUUAUUCACAAUGACCAUAAAUUUAAAAAAAAAUAAUAUAUUAGAAAUAAUAAAUUCAAAAAAUAUAUUUGUAAUAUUUGUAAUAAUAUUUUAGAUGUCGAAACCGGGCGUUAUCAAAGAGAUUUGUAAAAAAAAUAAUAAUUUUUCGUUCACAAAAUGUACAUAGUUUUAGAGAAAACAAAACAAAACACUGUAAAAAAAAUUGUAAUUGUUGUUGCCUGGACACAGCUGCCACAUAAACCAAAUAUAAAAAAUUAAAAAAACAAAAAAAAAACAAAGAGACUGCGAUAUAUAAACAAUUUACAAAAAAAAAAUCACAUUAAACGGAUUGUAUUACAUUAAAACAUCUCAACAUUUAUAGUUUAAGUUACAUGUCAAAUAGUGGCAAGGUAAGAUAUCACCGAAUGCACUGAAUAUAAUGGUAAAAAUCACAUGAAUGGCUUUAGAAAAAAUCCGGCAUAUUUUUAUGAAUAAAAGUAGAUAAUAUAUGGUUCAAUGCCAUAUUGGCAGAUAUUUAAAGAGUAAUACCUCCGUUUAAUGACGAAAAAUUUUAAAGUGUCUGUUAUACUUCACUUGUUAUAUUGAGAGAUCUAGAUAAUAAAAAAAUAUGUAGUUUAAAAAUAUUCAUAAACACACAAAAAUUAAUAAAA